AGUCCAACCCCUCGGGGCAGAGUUCCCGCCGACGCUGCCCUCCAGGCCACCCGAUCCUCGAGCCAGCCGGACCCACGGACCCACGGAAGGGAAAGGGGACGGCCCCGGGGCGGCGGGACGGUCGUCGGAAGGCGCCCUCUGCGUCGAAGCCGUCUUCCAAGCCCCCCAACAUGGCCCGGGGCGGCAGUCAGAACUGGAGUUCCGGGGAGUCGGACGCGCGGCCGGAGGAGCAGGCGGCCGAGACUGGAGACAAGAUGGUGAAGGAGACCCAGUACUAUGACAUCCUGGGGGUGAAGCCCAGCGCCUCCCCGGAGGAGAUCAAGAAGGCCUAUCGGAAGCUGGCGCUCAAGUACCACCCGGACAAGAACCCGGAUGAGGGCGAGAAGUUUAAGCUCAUAUCCCAGGCAUAUGAAGUGCUUUCAGAUCCAAAGAAAAGGGACAUCUAUGACCAGGGCGGCGAACAGGCGAUUAAGGAAGGAGGCUCAGGCAGCCCCAGCUUCUCAUCCCCCAUGGACAUCUUUGACAUGUUCUUUGGUGGCGGAGGACGGAUGGCUAGAGAGAGAAGAGGCAAGAAUGUUGUACAUCAGUUGUCUGUAACUCUUGAAGAUUUAUAUAAUGGAGUCACAAAGAAAUUGGCUCUCCAGAAAAAUGUAAUUUGUGAGAAAUGUGAAGGUGUUGGUGGGAAGAAAGGCUCCGUGGAGAAGUGCCCGCUGUGCAAGGGGCGGGGGAUGCAGAUCCACAUCCAGCAGAUCGGGCCAGGCAUGGUGCAGCAGAUCCAGACCGUGUGCAUCGAAUGCAAGGGCCAGGGCGAGCGCAUCAACCCCAAGGACCGCUGCGAAAACUGCAGUGGCGCCAAGGUCAUCCGAGAGAAGAAGAUUAUCGAGGUGCAUGUGGAGAAAGGUAUGAAGGAUGGGCAAAAGAUACUAUUUCAUGGAGAAGGAGAUCAGGAGCCUGAGCUGGAGCCUGGUGAUGUCAUAAUUGUGCUUGAUCAGAAGGAUCAUAGUGUCUUUCAGAGACGAGGCCAUGACUUGAUCAUGAAAAUGAAAAUUCAGCUUUCUGAAGCCCUUUGUGGCUUCAAGAAGACGAUAAAAACACUGGAUGAUCGAGUCCUUGUUAUUACAUCCAAAUCAGGCGAGGUGAUAAAGCAUGGGGACCUGAAAUGUGUGCGGAAUGAAGGAAUGCCGAUCUACAAGGCGCCCCUGGAGAAGGGGACUCUGAUCAUACAGUUUUUAGUUAUUUUUCCUGAAAAACACUGGCUUUCUCAAGACAAGCUUCCUCAGCUGGAAGCUCUUCUCCCUCCUCGACAGAAAGUCAGGAUUGCAGAUGACAUGGAUCAGGUGGAGCUGAAGGAGUUCAAUCCCAGUGAGCAGAACUGGCGCCAGCACAGGGAGGCCUACGAGGAGGACGAUGACGGGCCCCGGGCCGGCGUGCAGUGCCAGACGGCGUGACGCGGCCGGCGCGGCGUGGCCCGGCCCGGCUGGACUAGCACGUGAUGAAUGUAAAGUUGGCACAAUGAAAAUGGCAUCGCUUUAAUGGCCUCGUGUUUGGGGUGUCCUGUGUAUGUGUUCAGCAUUCUCAAUUGCUGAGUGUCUUUUUGGUUUUUCUUUUUUCUUUUGGUUGUAACUUAAGUUAUAGCUUAAUUUAUAUUUAAAUGUUUUAAGUGUAAAUCACCUCUAGUCUGCAUAUGGAAUCUGUUUAUUUACAUUUUCAGGAUACUUUUGAGAUGCCAGUGACCGCACUGACACUUUGUGCUUCUAGUGGCUUUGCCAUAACUCAGUUGCACCAAUAAAGCACAGCCCAGGCAAGAGCACUCAGCCCUCCGCGAGCCUCCAGGCCCGAGGUGGGCGACCUGGCCACCUCCAGCUCUGCGGUCUCUCUUCCCUCCCUCCUCCCUCCCGCGGGAGUUACUGAGGGCAUGAUCUCAGGGCUGCUAAUGUGACCUUUCUGAAUCUAGAUCCUAGAUGACUCCCCUCCAGAAUAAAAGCGCAUCUGUGGACUGGUCUUGGCUGCAGUGCCUGGUUCACACUGAGCGGGCUGCAGGGCCAACUUGAUUCCUCCUGUUCUGUGCCCUUGAGUGCUUGGAAUGGGUUGUGUGUGUCUGAUCAACUCUCUUGGAAGCUUCCCGCACCUUCCAAGCCUUGUGGUGAGGACUAGCCAGUGUUUUAAACGAAACGCCGAUAAAACUGUUUGCCUGUGACCCCCGCACCAUGUUCUUUGUGGUUUUAUUUUGUUGACAGCCUUUGCAGUAUUCUCCCACCAAAGUGCUUACUUGUAAAGAAAACGAGACCAUCCAUGUCCCCAGCAGCCUCAGUGCAGCAGCGGAAGCCAUGGGAUAACACUGGUGGUUUGGCCUCGUGGCACAGCCAGCUUCCCUGUCUGACCCGUGAUCCUGGAUGACUUGAGGGUCUGGAAAGGCAGAGAAGGUCUCAGUGUUUUGCACCUCAUUCUCCCAGACUCAGCUCCCUCCCAAAGGACCGCCCCUCUCCUUGCACAGCCAUAUCACAAAGGGCUUCCUGUCCAAGGGUAACGUUUUAGUGGGAACUGCACUGACUGAGUGCCACUGAGGGCUGCAGGCUGUACGGACUGCCACUGUAAAUGACAGCUUGUUUGGAGGGGGUUAGGCAUUAAUUUACUCCUGGCAGGAAGACUACAGUUUAAAUUUAGGGUUACCUCAACCUUUAGCUAUUACUACUCCUUUCCUCCCCAGACUAGCCAUGAAGAAAAACAGCUCCCUUCUAGGCUGCUGGCCACUUUUCAGAGCCACCCUUACUUGGUUCUACAGUACCUGAGAGUUUGACUUAGACCAGGGACCUCCCUGGGAGGGCCAAAGGCAGAUCAGACCCAUGGCAUGCAGGUCCGGCGGAUGGGCCAGGCUCCAGCAGAACACUGCUGGCUAGUGAGUGCGCGUAACGCGCUCAAACUAGGUAUAGAAAGAGCUCUGUCUAUUGGUCAGGAAAGACAUAAAAGCUAUUCUUCCAACUAAGACUAUAUGAAAAUCAAUUUACAAGCGGACCACAACUCCGGGGUGUUGUUUCUGUGCUGUGACUAAUAAAUUGCUAGAAAAUUACUGUCUAGUUGAUGGGACAGAAUUACAUUCAGCUCCUUGCCAUGUAAAUGGGAUUUGGAGGAUGUUGCUUAAAAUUUAUUCCACCUGUACAUUUGUCACUUUAAAAUUAAAAUCGAGCUGGUAUGAAA